AAGAGUCCUCUUUCACCGAACGAUCUCUCUUAUCAGUUAUCACCGGUGAGGCCUCCAUCACCGUCUUCAACAGCGAUCUUAACCGUGGCUUCACUUAUUUGAUCGCCGGAAGGUAUAGUCUGAUGAAAAGAGUUGAGAAAUUUGCGGAGAGAUCAAUUUUUACUGCUUUACGGGGGAAAUCGUGUCCGAUAUGCCUCGAAAACCUAACCGACCGACGAGCCACCGCCGUGAUUACGGCGUGCAAGCACGGAUACUGCCUUGUUUGUAUUCGUAAGUGGAGCGGGUUCAAGAGGAAUUGCCCUCUAUGUAACACUCUUUUUGAUUCGUGGUUUAUCGUCGGUGAUCUUGAUUCUAGAAAAUACCAUAAGGAGCAUUUACCGAUUCUUCGUGAUCGUGAGACUUUAACUUAUCAUCGGAAUAAUCAUUCCGGUCGCCGGAGGAUAAUUCCAAGGUCGAGGGAUGUUUUGGAAAACUCUAGGUCGAGAUCAAGGCCAUUGCCAUGGAGGAGAUCGUUUGGACGGCCAGGUUUAGUUCCUUAUUCUGUUAUCUUCCAUCGAAAGCUUCAGUGGCGAGCUAGUAUAUACAAUAAGCAAUUACGAGCUGUUCGAUUACAUUCGAGGCGAAGCUUGGAACUAGUGAAUGAUCACGCCAAAGCUAAAAUAAUUGAAAGAAUUGAGCCAUGGAUUAGAAGAGAGCUUCAGGCAGUCCUUGGAGAUCCUGAUCCAUCAAUUAUUGUUCAUCUUGCGUCAGCGCUUUUCAUCAAAAGGCUUGAGAGAGAGGAUACUAGACAAUCUCGGCAGACCGGGAUGUUGGUGGAAGACGAAAACUCUUCGCUUCGAAAAUUCUUGUUUGACAAAGAGGAUAUAUUUUGGCAUGAACUAAGAUGUUUUGCGGAGAGUAGUCUCACGAUGGAGGCGUAUGAUGCAGUGGUUGAAUACAAUGAGGUGGAGCAAUAAUAGCAGUAAAAAUACAGAUACGCUCUCGCCAAACGAAGUAAAUAGACAGACUUACGAUGCGACUGUUGGUGUAUUGGAAGUUCAAUAGUGGAAAGAGUGGACCAG